AUGUCUCAUCAGCGACUGAAGGCGUCCGGGUAUAUGACCCACAACAUACCAACAGGCAAGUGUUUUGGCUUUGCUUUUUGUUUUUAGGUAUAGGUUGAGGAAAAAGGUGAAUAUUAGCUCACACUUGGUGGAUUUAAAAGGUUUUUGGGAUUGGAAGUGGUGUAAUUAAGAUUGUAGAAUGUUUUACAAGCGUUUAGCAAAUAGGAAAAGACGCGAAUUAUUUAGUUCGACUGAGUUUAGGCUUUGACCUAUGAUAAUAUACGUUUCUUGGUAAUUCUCUCACAAAACCGGUAGAUAUAUGCGCAAAUAUAACAAAUAAUAGUCAACAGAGCACAGUUAAAACAACUCUCAAUAAAAACAUAACAUUACGGCUAGACACUUUGAAUAUUAUUCAUGAUGGUCAGAAAAAAGAUGGACGCUAAUUUGUCGCGGGGUUUUCCAAACAUUGUUUUUUUAUAAAAUUUGGUUUUGUCAGAUUGUGAAGGUUGGUUGUUGGUGACGGUCGGUUUCUUGAAAAUGAGGAGAACACGAAAUCCACGACGGUUUUCGGCCGCUAGUAUAAUAUACUCAGGUACUGUGAUUUGGUCUUAAUUUUUUAAAGAUUUUUAGAUAACAAGGGUUGAAAGAGAACUUGUGUGGUUAGUGUAAUAUAAAAGUGGCUUAAGAUACAUCUGAAUUUUAAAAAUAUGAAUGUAUUAACUAAAAUUAUUUUAGUUUUGGAGGAAAGCGGCGAGGACAACCUUGAUUUGGACAUGAAAAGGAAAGUAUGUGUCGUCGGUUUGAUGCCAUCGUACGGGUCGAUUGUACUCAACAUUUUGGUAUGUUUUUUAAUUUGUUUUUGGAUGUUUUAGGCUUUGAUUGUGGCUUUAUGUUACACUAGUUUCUCGAAAAUUUGGAAAUUUUUCGUUUUUAUUCAAUAUAUAAAUUUUAGGUAAUAAAUUGUUAAAAUUGGUUUAUAGUAAGUUAAAAAAAAAAAAAGGUUUCUUAACACAGCUUUAUGCUGAUUUCUAGAAAGUUUAAACGAUUCGUUUUUUAAGGGCAUUGCAAUUUCAUUCACCAUGUCGAUUUUUUGAAACUAAUGGCUAAAAAUGCCAUUUUUUUAUCUGAUAUUUAAAAUUUAGUUAACAAAGGGAUAAAAUUGUAUCAAACUAUGUUAAGAGGGUUCAUUUAGUCAGCUUUGUAAAAAUUUUUGGCAUGAUAUGACUAUUCAUUUUUGAGAUACUACAAAAUUUCUGUUACCUACUAGCUUUUUUUAUUGAAAAUUGAGUUUUUAGUUAUAAAAUGUCAUUUAUUAAAAAAGUAUGUUAUUUUUUAAUUAAAAAUUGUUUUUAUUGUUAGAAAAAUUGCUUUUACAUGAUAUUAUAACAAUCUUUUUUAGAACAAGAUGAACUGCGACGUGGUAUACAGCGAAACAGGCGUGGACUACAUGAAAGAGCCCGGAGUGACAUUUCUUUGUUGGCGCUUUGAUGACCCCAUCUUCACGACGUUAUGUUCAGCCGACUGCCUUAUUCUCGGACCAACAUUGAUACUACAAUGUGCUGGAGACCCUCAACUACCAUUAAUCGAGAAGCGAAGGCCAGUAUAUACACAAUCGCUUCGAGGUAUGAGGUUCGUGAUGAGUGGCUUUCAGAACGAUCAAGUCAAACGAUGUGUAGAUAUGAUCCACUUCAUGAGCGGGAGUGCAAGACAGAAGUUGACACAGAAGGAGGUGUUGAUCGCGACUAGUGUAACGUGUAGCAAAUAUUUGGUGAGUUUGAGUGGGAUUUGGGUGGAGAUUGUGGAAAAGUGUUUUUUUGGGUUUUAUACAUAGUGUGUGGUUUUUGGGGGUUUACUCCUAAAAUUAUAUUUUUUUGGGGUUUUUAUACCUAAAAUUUGGUUUUUGGUUUUUUAAAAAUAAUUUUUUUUAUUUGUUUGGCAUAUUUUUACCUAAAAUUAUCAAAAACAGUGACUUUGUGAUGUUAUAGUACCUAAAACUACAUGUUUUUUGAUAAAAAUCAAAAUCUUCUACUUUUUGUUACCUAAAAUUUCAUUUUUUAUAAUUUUUCAGGAAGCCACGACAAUCAACUCCACGAUUCUCAGCUUCGAGUUCAUAGAGUACUGUUGGUCGAGGAAAGACGACGAAGACUUCCAAGCACGAGAAGUUAUCGACCGAUUUAGACUCAAGUGCUUUGUCGGCCUAACUAUCUGUUUUGUCGAUUUCUAUGACAGAGAAGCCGAAGAGAUGAAGAGGUUGGCCAGAGAGAAUGGUACGGAUGGUUUUUGUUGAAAAUGGGCAUUUUGUGGUCAUUUUUGUUAAAAAUGAAGAGGUUUUGCUAUUUUUCAUUGGAAAUGAGGAUUUUUUAAAAUUGGUUUUUUUGAUAAAGUGUCUUAAAAAUGCUGUUUUAGGAGCCAUAGUAGUCGGCCCAGCAUCAGACGCCACCCACUACGUCUACAGAACAGAAAAGUCUUUGGCCGAAUGUCGUGGCUGUUAUCCGGAUCAUGGUAAACACGUCCUUAUUGAGGUAAGAGCAUUUUUUACCUUUACUCCCUCACUAUUACUUCUACCCCUAUAUUUACUCUUACUUCUACUCUUUUUCUUCCUUAUACCUAGGCAUGAACACGAAAAACGGGCUGGGCCUGAAAAUGAAGGCCCGGCCCGAAAAGCCUGGGGCGUUUGCUCGUAAAAAAAUUUCAGCCGGCUUUGUGCAAAAUUUAGAUCAGGCCGGGCUUUGGUGUUAGGUUCUUACCUAAAAUAUGGGCCCGGAAUAAUUAAUGCUGAAAACAGACGUUUUCUCUCCGGUUUAAAACAUGUUUUGUUGUAAUUCAAUAGUUGAUUUGCGGUUCGAAAUAGAAUAGCAUAUAAAAUGAGGAACGUUGAAGUCUGUUUCUUAAAUACAAACAUUAAGUUACUUUGUCUGCUUUGAACUGAUUUAUUGGUGAUUUUGGGCUUAGGAAUCGUUGGGGUAUUGGGGGAGAGUUUACUGGAACGGACAGAGGGUGGAUUUAAAAGGAGACCUGAAAAUGGGCCCAUGUGUCUCGGUCUAAGUCCGGCCUGGGCUGAAUCGAAUUUGAAAGGGGCUAGGUUGGCAAAUUGGCCGUGACGAGGGUGUAAAACAAUGCUUGGCUUGUCGGCCGGACGAAAAAUUAAGCCCGGCUUCUUCACAAGUGCGCCAGCUUGAAAAAUUUGGAAUUGGGAGGGCAUCUUGAGGGAUUUACUGUCAUUUUUAGGAGUUUGCAGCUAAUUUAAUGAUCAUUUCACAGUCUUUUUGACCUUAAAAACAUAUUUUUUGGCUUUCAAAAUUUGUUUUUUUUUACAUAAGAAACAUAAUUUUGACUUUAUAAAAGGGUAAUUACGGUGGUCAAAUUAUUUUCUAUAUAGUAUUUAAGAUUCCAAUACAAUACUCGACUAAAUAUUUGCAUUUUAAUUUAAUCUGUAAAUGUUACUGUCUAUAAGUAGCCUCUAAAGAAGUAUCUUUACAACACACAAAUAAGGGUUUUGUAAAUAAUUGAAUACGAAGCUGCUCAACACUAAUACAGCGGAUUAAACAAAGAAGAUGACAUUAAGGUGAAUGCCUGUUGUUAUGACGAGAGAGAAGGGUUUGUUAAUGGGGUUUAUCAAUUAAUACAAUAUCCAGGCAUAGAUAAUAGAAAAUAGGGGUAAAACUAACCUUAUUAAGUUGUUCAAAUAAUUCUGUGUCCUUUAACCCCGAAUAUUUUCAUUGAGAGGGGGAACAAAAUUAUUUGAACGACCUAAUAUAUUGGGGUAAAGCGAACACUAUCGGAGUAAUACUAACAGUAUUAACACCAUAUUGAACUGACAAUCCUUUUUUGACGUAUUUUUAAUGAUAACUAAUAACGAAUGGGUUGAGGUUGUUUUUCUAUAGUUAUGUGAAGGAUAAUAAAAGGUAAUAAAGCUAGUGUUGUUGCUCAUGAUAACAAACAGUUUUACAGAAAACAAGCUUUAUUUCCUUUUAUAUUCUUCACAUAACUAUGGAUAGACAACUCCAAUCCAUUCGUUAUCUGUUAUUAUCAAAAACGCGUUGAAAGCUCUUCGACGUUAUGCUCGAUUUUUUAAAGAUUGGCUAUAUUCUUGAAAGUUGGUUGCAGAGUUCUUAAGGGCUUGGAGACGGCUCCGGGGCAGCUUCGGCUCUGGAGCUAUAGCCGGAGUGGGAAUCUAUAAAAAAGGCGGAGCAGCCUCUAGGACUUUUACUGCAACAGAUGUUUAUCAUGAAAAGACUCUAAAUAUACAAGAGUUAGUAAUGUAAAAAAGGUAUUUCUGCUUACAAUUCAUCCAGAAUACUCAACAUUUUGAAGUCAACAACAUUAGUAACUCUAUUCUAUGCUUUGCAAGUAUUUUUAGCCCAAAUUCUAGGUUAUGAAAGAGACUUUUGCAAACCAAAAUUGCCAUAUUUGUGCGUGUUUAUAAUCAUGGCUUGUAUAGACACGAACGCAAGGACAUUACCCAAUAACUAAGACCUAAGGAAAAGGUUUUAGAGCACCGAAUUCAGGAGUUUAAAUGCCUGUUUGGGUUGGGUUUUGGCGAUGAGGGUUGGGUUUGGUACGAGUAGUGAGCUGGAAAGUUAUUGGGCUGAGCGAGGCUUCUUUGAAGUCUAUUUACUGAAUUUAAAUUUUUUUCAGUGGUUCCAUCGCUCCAUCAAGCUCGGCUGCUGCGCGGCCGAAAACAUCGUACCAAUGACAAACUCCAUAUCCAACCACACCACCCUAACGGACCGAACCCUCACCCCAACUCAACAAAACGGCAGGCGGAGGGCCCUGAACACCAUCCCCGACCCCUCCAACUCACCCAUGCCUUCGGGCGCAACGCCAAGCACAUCGGCUGCGUCGUUCGCCUACGUCACUAACUCGUCACAUUCCAAGUGAGUUUCUUAAUGAUUUGGGCGGGGUAAACAAAGUAAAAUUCUUCAGUUUGGGCGGGGUAAAAAUAUUUUUUUAGUUGGGCGGAGCAAAAAAAUUUUAAAUGUUGGGCGGGGUAAAAAUAGUGCUUUUUAGUUUGGGCGAGGUAAAAUUAGUUUUUUUAGUUAGUGAGGCGUAAAAAGGGGCAUUUUUGGGCAUCUUUGUUUAAACAUGGCAUUUUAGGUAACAUUUUUAAAAAACUCGUAUUUUAGGUAAAUUUUUGAAAUUUCACACCAUUUGUGUAUGAAAUUUGAAAUUUGCAUAUUGAUAUUGUUGUAGAUCCUCCCUCGACAACUUGGAGAACAGCACGUCCGGCUUGCUGGACCGUUCCGCAGACCAACUGGACGGCGGCGGCUUGCCUAAAACUAAACGUUUCAAAGUAUUUUGCGAACUGCUGGACACGGAACAGAACUACGUCGAUGUUCUACAUCUUAUACUAAUGGUAGGUGGGGAAGAGGGGUUGAGAUGGCCUGGUAGGUUUGUUUUGAGGGGUGUUUUGGGAAAAAAUUAUGGUUUUGAGGGGUGUUUUUGGGGCUAAAAUGAGGUUUUAAAGAGGUUUUUGGGUAACAUUUUGAUUUUAAAGUAGAUUUUUAGGUAAUAAAUGAACUUUCAAAGCUAUUUUUAGAUAUAAAAAGAGCAAAAAUCAGUGUUUUAGGUAACAAAAUUGAUUUUAAAAGCUUUUUGUUACCUAAAUUUGAAAAAAUUUUUAUAUAAGUUUUUGAAAUUUAAAAUUUUUCAGAAUUUUAAAAAGCCCCUAGAGAACCAACUACCCGACCUAGCAAGCCGCCGCCUCAUGAACAACAUGUUUUCGAGGAUCGAACCCUUGUACCACGUUCACUGUGCCAUCCUCAGCUCACUGAAAGCACUAGCCGGGCCAAACUUCCGGGAAUGGAAAGAGGAGAAACUGAUCGGGCAGGUCUACGCCACCCCCAAAAAAGACUUGCUGGAGAGGUACGUGUCGUACAUGAAUGUCUACGACCAAAUCAAAAUAUCAUUGGACGAACUGAUGAAGGACCCAACUGCCGCACCGCUGAUUAGGGUAGGUGGGGUGGGUGAUAUGACGGCGGUAGGAUUAUUACCAAGGGAAGGGGGUUGGUGAUAUGAUGGUUUUGGAAUCAGGGUAGGUGGGAGUGGGUGAAGUGGUGGUUUAGGGCUGUUAGUUAGGGCAGGGAGAGAGUAUGGAGCGUGAUACGGUGGUGAUAGGAUUACGGUAGGUGGGUGGUGAUAUGGUGGGGAUCGAAUUGUUACCUAAAUUACUAUUUUAUGUUAAGUUUUCUAGCUUUGGGGCAAGAUGUUACCUAAAAGAUUAUUUUUGAUGUCAUUUGUUACCUAAAAUGCAAUUUUUGGUUAUUUGUGUGCAUUUUUGUUACUUAAAAUACUAUUUUUGGGCUAAUUCGUUAACUAAAAUAAUUUUUCCGAUCUAUGUUGUUACUUAAAAUGCGUUUUUUAGUUAUUUGUGGGCAUAUUUGUUACUUAAGAUAUUUCUUUUUGUUUUAUUUGUUACCUAAAAUACGGCUUUGGAGCUUUUUUUCACCUAAAAUAAUACUUUCGGGCCGUUGAGUUACCUAAAAUUCUAGUUUUGAGUUGAUUUGAUUUUUAAAAUUUUAUUCUUCUGCCGAUUGUUACCUAAACUUUAUUUUUUUAUUUUUCAAGUAAAAAGUAUUACCUAAAAUACGAUUUUUUGGUUAUUUGUUAAAAUUGUUACCUAAAUUUUAAAAUAAUGAUUGAUAACUAACUAAUGACCGAUAUUCUUAUUUUAGGACCUAGAACGUUGCCCAGAGUGUAAGAAGUGCUCGCUGCGUGACCUGCUGAUUCGGCCAGUCCAACGUCUGCCGUCGGUCGUUCUCCUACUGAAGGCGCUGAAAAAAGCGACCGACAAAAGCCUGUCCGACUACAAAUGGCUGGAAGUGGCGAUAAGCUCGGUCGACGAAGUCCUAACCCAAUCCAACCUGCGACGACAACAAACUGACGUCAUGAUCAAGUCGAUGGAGUGUGUCAACGAAAUCGAAGGCAUCCCGGCACAGUACGUUCAAGCAUCGCGCGAGUUUGUCCGCAAAAUCGAUUUGAUUGUGCUGGGAGCGGGCGGAUUGCUGAGCAAGUACAAGGGCAAGAUGCUCACCUUCUUCUUGUUCACGGAUACGGUUUUGGUAGGUUUACUGUACUUUUUGUGGUGUUGUGGUACUUUUUUUUGGGUUACUAGUACUGUUGAUAAAUUUAAGGGUAGUAGGUGUACUGUAAUGGGACUGAAUGGUAAUUGAGGAAGAGUUAACGAUAGUAGGGCUUGUGUGAAUAGUUGUACCUAAGGGUUGCAUGGGUACUGUAAUUAGGUGUGAAGGUACUGUAGAUCAACCCAAGGGUAGUAAGGAUACUGUAAAUGAAUUUGAGGGUAGUAAGGGUACUGUACCUGCAGUAAAGAAUAUUACUGUAACUUAAAUGCUGGUGCUUUAGGUAGCCAAGAAUCGUGUAGGCACACAUCGUGACUCAACAACCUCGCUAGCAAUGUCGAGUUCGGCCCAAAACCUGAACAACACCUCACACUCACACCUGAACAUGUCCAUGUCGAUGAUGGGCAACCGGUCGACGUUGGGAAGGACGAGCUCAUUCCUCGGCUCUAUCCGUCAUCCACCAAAGAAACCCUUCAGAUACGUCGAUGGUCUAAUGUUCAUGGCUUUCAGGCUGUUUUUGGCAACGCAGGAUAAGGGUAAGAAGUGGUUUAGGCAUUUUUCUUAUUUUCGCUGAGGUUCUAUUGACCGGUCGAUAAUCUUUUUGAGCACUUUGAUUUUAUAAAAUGCUAAAAUGGCAUUUUUUGGCGGAUUUAGGCCUAUUUUUGCAGAAAAAAGUUUUAUUUUUUAUCGACCGGUCGAUAAUUUUUCGGUUAAUUUUUAUUUCUAAAAUUUUUCAAAUGGCAUUUCAAGGAAUUGUAAGCUUUGGUUUUGGAUAUUACGUAACCUUUUUUUGGGUUAAGAGAAAAAAUUUUUUUUUCCACCGGUUGAUAAAUUUUUUUUUUGGUUUAAAAUAUCUCAGAUUGGUAUUUAAGUGCAUUUGAGGCUUAAUUUUUGUGUUUCAAAUUGUCUUUUUGUUUAAAAAUCAAAAAAAAAAAUAUCGACCAGUCAAUUUUUCAAGAAACGUUUUUUUGUCCAAAAAUCUGUAAAAUACCAUUUAAUAGCAUGUGGAAGAUAUAAAAAAGCAUUUUUAGAUAAGUACACUGACUUAUAAGCUAAAAUAAUGCUAUUUUUAAUAUUUCAGGAGUGUUUUUUAUCAAGAUCCGAGACCAAAAAGCCGACGAAUUCUGUGCCUUCCAAGUGGCAGGAGAAACCGACGUUCGAGAAGCCACGACCUUCUUCAACGACCUAGUACACCUCAUCAAUGCCAACACAACAAGGAACGUCUCAAUCCAUAACGCGUUGGAAGUGCUGGACAAGAAUGAGGGAUGCUUCUUGGACACGGAGGACAUGGAGUUUAUGAGGAAAACUCUGUAAGUUGGGGUGGUAGGGGUGAUUUCAGUGACGAUUGUGUAGGCUUGUAAAGGGGCGAUGGUGUUUUUGAAGCGGGGGUGGUGAUUUUAGAAGAAAAUAUUGAAGUUUUUGAAAAAAAAAUUUUAUCGACCGGUCGAAAAUUUUGUUUAUUUUUUUAUUUUUUGUUUUGAAAAAGUUGUUUUUUAGUCGUUUUUAGGCUUAUUUUGAGUUUGAAAAUGAAAAAGAAGUGAAAAAAUUUAUCGACCGGUCGACAAUUUUGAAAAUAUUUUUUUUUGUGAAUUUUUGCUUUGAACUUGGUUUUCAAAGCCUUAGGCUUGCUGAUAAGCUUAAAAAUCUUGAUACUUUUUAUCGACCGGUCGAUAAUUAUAUUUUUUCAAAUUAAAAAAAAAAUUAAUUUUUGAUUUUGACACCCCCUAUGAUUACCAUAGUCUUACGUUGACAUACUGCUUUCAGGAACAACGCCCACACCGAAACCGGCAAUCCCCUACAACGAUCUCAAUCCCAACUUCGGCGUGCCGUCUCCUCGGUCUCAGUCCAGCUACAGCGAAUGACGUCACGCUCUCGCUUCAACGAAUCCGUCUCGGCCCUACCACGAUGA